UUCUGUCCAAAUCAGAGUAGAGGAAAUCAUAUCACCGGGGCACUGGGAAUCAGCGCGCACGCAAACAGGCCGUACCCAGAGAUACCUCCGUCGUCUCGCAGUUUGUCCGCGGUCACAAUGAUCAAGUGCGCGCAGGGGGUGUUGUAUCUUUCGGUUCUGGUGACGUUCGCCGCCUGCAACGCUCCUCCGGUACCGUUAGACGACAUCCUCAUUGAGAAAACCUUCGUGCCAGAGCAGUGUGUGCGUGCAGUCAAAGUAGGAGAUUUUGUCAGGUAUCACUACAUUGGCACGUUUCCAGACGGCCAGAAGUUCGACUCUAGUUAUGACCGUGGCAGCACCUAUAAUGUGUUUGUUGGCAAGAAGCAGCUGAUUGAAGGGAUGGACAAAGCUCUGGUGGGAAUGUGUGUCAAUGAGAGAAGUCUGGUGAAGAUCCCACCUCAACUCGCUUACGGAAAACAAGGAUAUGGUAACAUCAUCCCUCCUGACUCCAUCCUCCACUUCGACGUCUUGCUCCUCGAUGUGUGGAACCCCGAGGAUGGCGUCCAAAUAAACACUUACCACACCCCCCCUUUGUGCUCCAGAAAGGUGGAAGUGUCUGACUAUGUCCGCUACCACUAUAACGGCACUCUGCUGGACGGGACCCUCUUUGAUUCCAGUCACACCCGCAUGCGAACCUAUGACACUUACGUCGGGAUCGGCUGGCUGAUUGCCGGUAUGGAUCAGGGUCUUCUGGGAAUGUGUGUUGGAGAGAGGCGCAUCAUCUCUAUGCCCCCAUCACUUGGAUAUGGAGAGAAUGGAGAUGGUAGUGACAUCCCAGGACAGGCGUCUCUGGUGUUUGAUGUUGUCCUGUUGGACCUCCACAAUCCCAGAGACGGCAUCACAGUGACUAAUCAGCAGGUGCCCGAGUCCUGCACAAGGAAAUCUGUUGCUGGAGACUUUGUGCGCUACCACUACAACGGCAGCCUUCUGGAUGGGACAUUUUUUGAUUCCAGCUACUCUCGUAAUCGUACCUAUGACACCUACGUGGGUCGAGGCUAUGUGAUCACCGGCAUGGAUGAGGGUCUGAUUGGAGUCUGCAUUGGAGAGAGACGCACCAUCACCAUCCCCCCACACCUUGGUUACGGAGAGGAGGGCACAGGGACAAAGAUCCCAGGCUCAGCUGUGCUGGUGUUUGACGUUCAUAUCAUCGACUUCCACAACCCCUCCGACAGCACUGAGAUCACCGUCACUUACAAGCCAGAGGAGUGUGACAAGCAAUCCAAGAAGGGAGACUUUGUUAAAUACCACUACAAUGCCUCCCUAAUGGACGGCACAUCCAUUGACUCCACGCAUAAUUAUGGAAAGACAUACAACAUAGUACUGGGAGCCAAUCAGGUAGUCCCGGGAAUGGAGGACGGACUGAAGGACAUGUGUGUGGGAGAGAGAAGGCAUCUUGUUGUUCCUCCUCAUCUGGGCUAUGGGGAAAGGGGAGUCACUGGUGAAGUUCCUGGCAGUGCUGUGCUGGUGUUUGACAUUGAGCUGGUUGACAUGGAGGAAGGACUGCCUGAAGGCUACAUGUUCAUCUGGAAUGACGAGGUGUCUCCAGACCUCUUCUCUGAGAUGGACAAAAAUGGCGACAAAGAGGUUGAGCCCUCUGAGUUUACUGACUACAUCAUGCGUCAGGUGACCGAGGGUAAAGGGCGCCUGGCUCCUGGCUUCGAUCCUUACCGCAUCAUUGACAACAUGUUUUCCAACCAGGACCGCGAUGGAGAUGGAAAGAUCACAGAGGCAGAAUUCAAACUUAAAGCUGAUGAGGCUGCCACCCAUGACGAACUAUGACGGGGCUGAGUGUUAUAAGAGCAGGGUAUAAGGCAAAGGGUCAGAUGGCUGGGGAAAUGGGGGCUGAUAAUAAAUCUAUGGGUGGUAGAGUAGCUACAGAUGGGUUUGUAUGUGUGAAGUAAGCAAGUGUGGAGGGAGAAAUGAGCUGGUAGAGAUUUUGUGGACUUAGACAAUAGUUAAAUGGCAUCAUGUCCAUGUAGUGCCAAAUUGAGCUGAGAAGAAACAAAGACGAUGUAGGAUUUUAUUUAAAUAUUGGAAAUUAUCUAAUUCGAGGACUGCGAUGGAAGCGAGUGACUUUUUGUUUUUAACCUCCUUUCUUAUCAAAGGGUAUAAAAGCAUACCUGUGUGAGAGAACAAACCAGUGCCUAACUCCACCUUCUCUAGAUUAAAAACUCCUUUUACUUUACAAACUUUUAUUUUCUUUAUUUACUACUCACCGUUUGUCCAAACUAGCUGCAGCAGCACUGAGUUAUUCAUAACUCACUGUGAUACACUGUGAUGGAAGGAAGUUUGUUAAUCAGUUUCCACUGCUUACAAGAGUGAAAAUUAUUUUAAUAACGUUUUAUUUCCUUUAUUGAUACCCAACGCCUACCACUGUUUCCCUUUUAAAUGUCAGCCCACCUUCUGUAUUUUCCGUUGUUAAAAUAAUUCAUAUGGGGCAGAAAUUGGUGCAUGAGUGUGUGUGUGUGUGUGUGUGUGUGUGUGUGUGAGUGUGAGUGAGUGAAAGAGAAAGAAUGUGAAUGUUGUUCAUUUUUUCUAUUUUACAUUCAGGAGAAUACUAAGGUUUGAUGUUGCCUAUGUCAGCUGAAUUUUUCAUUUAAAUAAAUGACCUGGCCUAAAUUUAA